AUGGCUGAUCUUGAGAAAGCUUCAGUGCAGCCCCUUGAACUUUCAGUCUCCCAAAAGGAGAAAAAUGGUACGAAUAGGCUGGCCACUGCUCAACAGAUGUCACCGGAGGAAUUUGCAAUUGCAGAGAAACGUCUAAAAAGAAAGCUCGAUGUACGGCUUCUGCUAUGUGUUUGGGUUAUCUUUGUCAUGAACUACCUUGACAGGAACAACAUCGCUGCUGCAAAGGUUGCCGGUAUUGCAACGUCUCUGAAUCUCACCAGUACACAAUACGCCACGGCCGUGGCUAUUCUUUUCGCCGGCUAUGUGCUGAUGCAACUUCCUUCGAACAUAUUUUUGGCUCAUUUGCGUCCAUCUAUCUAUCUUCCGACCUGCAUGGCAAUCUGGGGCAUGCUGUCAGCUCUCGUUGGAGCAUGUCACAACGCUGGAGGUCUCUAUGCUUUGAGGUUUUUACUAGGCUUUGUUGAAGCGGCUUUCUACCCGGGAGCUUUGUUCCUGAUUUCUUCGUGGUACAAACGCAAGGAGAUGGGUGUGCGCAGUGCCUUUCUCUUUUCCGGUUCUCAGCUAGGAAGUGCCUUUUCCGGCCUGAUUGGCGCAGGCAUCGAAAGUGGCCUCAACGGAGCUCGGGGCCUCGUAUCGUGA